AUGAUGUCAGUAAAGUAUUUGAUUUUCAUAAUCAUAUUAUCUGCGAUCAUCGCAUUAGGACGAAUCAAUCUUUAUCUGUCAGAUGAAAUUCACGGGAAUUCUGAUGACGUUGUUCAGCAAAAUAAUUGCCUUUAUUUUGAUUUAAGUGAAGAUGAACGAACUCGUGAAAUUAUUCCUUAUUGUAUAAGUGAAUCACCAUCGAUGUGGGCUAUUGAGUCAACGAAUUUUGGCGGACGAUUUACUUAUGCCGACCUUAAUCGACAAAAUGUUACCAGUGAACAAUUAUAUCAAUGGUCAACACCGAUUGAUAUUUGUGAACGUUAUGAAUAUUAUUUAGCCCUGUUUCUAUUGGGGUAUGAUACAUCAAAAAUCGAAGGAGAAAUAUUUUACAACUGCACAUUUCCAAUAUUCGGUCCACAAUGUCAAUAUCAAUUGGACUUCAAUGGCUGGAACAUGACAUUAAAUGAUAUGAUCCGUAGUUACUAUAGUCAACAACGUUAUGGAGAAGAACUAUUGACUUGUUAUACACAUUUGCAAUGUAAUCGUGGUUCGAUCCCUGUUUGUCUUGAUUGGACGGAAAUAUGUGAUGAGAAGAUCGAUUGUAUGGAUGAAGUUGAUGAGAAAGAUUGUUGGCCACUGAUGUAUGAUCGAUGUGAUAAUGGUCAAUGUGUUCCAUCGAGAUUCGUCAGAAAUGUUCCGCAUUUCGAAGAUCUUGAUCGAUCUGAUGAAUUGGGAAAUGAAUAUAAUGCACCAACCGUAUUAAAUGAAGAUACCGUCUGUUCAUGGCGUGAACGUAGUGGAAAGCAAUUUCUUUUUCCUCAUACAAGUUCAUGCCGAGCUCAACGUCAGAAAACAAUCGAACAAGCCAUGUUUGCCGACAAAUUAGAGUUAAGCCUAGGUGACAAAUGCUUUUUGGCAUUUCAAUGUUAUUCAAACAUUUCCGCGGAUAACGAUCUACGAUGUGCGACUUUUUGUCAAAAUGAAACAUGUACCAGAAUUAUUAAGGAUAUGUGUCCAGCUAUCGUGUAUUAUCCAUCGGUUCCGAUUGCCUUUGGUCAUAUUUACUUUGCUUAUACCAUCGAAUAUAUCAUGCAUCGGAAAGGUCGAGAACAACUUUUUCCUGAAUAUAUAUGCUACAAUGACCAGCUUUGUGGCGGAUUUUCUUUAAAUGCAACGGUAAUACGGUUGCGAAAUAGUACAUGUCGUCAUCCUGAAGAUUUUCCACUAUCGGUUUCCUACAAUGGUAUCGACUGGCAUUCUACAUAUAUCCAGCUAAUAUACACACAGCUUGGUCAUUGUAGUCAGCCGCGAAUGUAUCAUAAUUUCAUAUGUGAUAGUUCCAAUAUGUAUCAAUGUAAGAACUCUUCGAAAUGUAUUCCGAUUUCAUAUGUCGGUGAUGGUAUUCGAGAUUGUGAUUAUUAUGAUGAUGAAGACCAAAGUACGAUCGAUCAGCAAUGUCCGACAGGUCAAACCAAAAGAUUCUUCUACUGUCGAACAAACAAGAAGUGUAUACACCGAAAUCAAGUGAAAGAUGGCAUCUGUGAUUGUCCAAUGGAUGAGUAUGGCAUGUGUGAUGAUGAAAAACGAGACUUUCAUCAGCUUCAACAAGCAAUCAUUUUUGCAGAGAUUUGUGAUCGAUCUUUUGAUCUUCGACCGAUGAUCAUCAAUGGACAAUCUCAUACAGAUGAAACCAAUUGUGAACAUUGGCCAUGUAAUAAUACUUAUACGAGAUGUGAUGGUUUUUGGACUUGUCCUGAUGGAGCAGAUGAAGUCGACUGUCAUCGAAAGCGCACUCAUUACUGUCCACAUUAUCAUCACAGAUGUAUUUCGGCAAGCACAUAUCAGUGGAUAUGUCUGCCUAUUGACAAAGCCAAUGAUGGUCGCAUAGAUUGCUUAGGCGGUAUCGAUGAACCAAUGUUAUGUCCAGUGAAAAACCGUCAAGAAAAGUCGAAAUUCUAUUGCAAAAGUGUUCAUUCAGGUAUAUGUCUAUCAGCGCAACAUGUAUGUGAUAAAGUAAUCCACUGUGAAAAUGGUGACGACGAACGAUUGUGUAAUACAACUAUGUAUAAUUCCUUAUGGAAUAAUUUACUAAGUUCAAAUAGAAAUUUCGACGAAUCGAUUCUAUCGAAAUCAGCAAGCGCUCAAUUAAGCAAAUCGAAAGGUAAGAAAAUCACUGCGCAAUUUAUGUCGAUGAUCAGCAAGGAUAAAAAUUAUUGUAAUCGUGGUUUGCCUUUACGAGUCGUAUUGAACAGUCAGACAAAUGUAACUCGACAAUCAUGUCUUUGUCCGCCGAGUUAUUAUGGUGAUUAUUGUCAAUAUCAAAGCCAACGGGUUAGUAUUACUAUGAACAUCACUGCACCUGCAAGAUCUCGACAAACAUUAUUUGUUCUGGUCGUUUUAUUACUUGACGAUACUUCACAACGACUGGCCCAUUCAUAUGAACAACUAUCGUAUUUACAUGUGCGCGAUAAAGAUGUUCAAUACAAUUUCUAUUUACUUUAUUCAACUCGACCAAAAGAUGCAAUAAAACAAUAUUUCAUACAUAUUGACAUCUAUGAAAAGACUACGUUGCAUUACAAAGGAAGCAAAUUAAUUCGAUUACAACGACCAUUCUUACCUGUCGAACGUGUUCUUAUUCGAUUGAAUAUUCCACAUAUACACAAUAUCAUCCAAACAUGUUCGAAUGAGCAACAUGGUUAUGGCCACUGCUUGCGAUACUUAGAUGAUCCAAGCAAUGCAACGUUUUAUCAAUGUGAUCAAGGUUGGAUUGGACGAAAUUGCAAUAUCCGAUAUAAUGGCACUUGUCGGUCUGAUUCGUUGUGUGCUGGCGCGACAACCACUUAUCGAUCAAUAUGUGUCUGUCCGUCGCACAAAUUUGGUUCUCAAUGCUUUUUGACGAAAAAUUCAUGUCAACAUAACCCAUGUUCGAACAGAAGCGUUUGUAUACCAGCUGAUGAACGCAGUACAUCUCAACCAUCAUAUGUAUGCAUUUGUCCCGAAGGAUUUCAUGGAGAAAGAUGUGAAAUACCUGAUUACCAAAUUAUUUUGAUUCUUCAAAAUAACCUUACUUUUCCUUCGCAACAAUUCGUACAUUUCUAUUUCAUAUAUUUUUUUCCGAAUGGUAAAUCUAUGUACAGCAAAAAAUCGACGAGAAUCUGUGUGAAUCAAACGUCAGUUAUUGGCUAUUCAUCAUAUCCAUUACAUAUUACGCUAGUCGAACUUGCUGCAAAUCAGUACUACUUGAUGUCGAAUAAAAAAGGCGAGUCUCCAGUAGCUCUUGUGUACCAGAUUAAUCUAUCCAAUCGCUGUCGAUCUAUCAGUGAAAUAUUUUCGGACAACAUUACUCGGAUGCCUGUCAUUCAACGUCUUAAAUAUUACCAUUUGCCAUGUCAAAAUCGUUCAUUGAAUUUAUCUUGCUUUUACGAUGAAGUGCAUAUGUGCUUGUGUUCGGAUUUUGGUGAUUCACGUUUAGCGAAUUGUCACCAAUUCAAGCAAUUUCCUUAUAUCGGAGACUUGGAUUUGCUAUAUCAUCCAUCCGAACGUGUUUGUCCAGAAGAUUAUUUAUCGAAUUCAUCCUUGAUAUCGAUGGGUAAUUACAUGCCAUGCAUGUAUAUUGGUGAACGUUUUCUCUAUGUAUUCAUCUUGCUGUUUUACUUACAUAUUUUUCAUCGUAUACAAUGA